AUGUCGCUCCUUACGCUAAGUACAGAACUGCUCCAGUUAAUGGCGUCGUCCUUGAAGCAGCAAGAACUUCUUAAUUUAUCUCUCACAUGCAAGCGUCUGCGGUUGGCUACCGAGCCUGAGCUUUUUCGAGAGUAUAGCAAUGUGUCUCAAUUUCGCCGCUCAUUCUUGCCUUUCCUUAAACGAAUCAUCCAUCGCCCUGAGCUACGCAGACAUACUCGAAAGCUAAGUCUCAGAUCUUGGACUGCGCUCAAUACGUUACAGGAUAGAGGUCUUGAGUCGAACGAGACCCGAAAUGAGACCCGCAAUAAGCGGCAUGAGCACAUCAGUGCUCAGGGCGCAAAGCUCACCGCAGCGGAUUAUAUUCUGCUCGUCCAGGCCGCUAGAGAUGUCGAGGUGAUACAAGAAGAUGCAGAGCUUGACUGCAGUACCUGUAACAGCCAAAUUGUGAAUGAGACUAGAUGCGGUACUGCUACUGUUCUGCCGAAUCCCAACGGCGUGCACUUAUGCAACCGCACAUUUUGCGACCAGCUGCAUGCAGGCAGCGAAGACCCCCUCGUCGUACUCCUAGUUGCUUUGCUUCCGAACGUGAGAGAAAUUACUCUUGAUGGUGUGCCAGGCGAUAUGUAUGCCGUGAGCUGGCAGCCGAAGCACGGCUUUCCAGAGUUACGGACGCUGGUGGCGUGUGCAGUAGACGGCGAGCUGCAAUGGCCUCUUGAUUUCUUCCAACCACUACUAGCUUCAAGCAGACUGCGAGUCCUGAAGGCGUCCCACGCUACCUCGAGGCCUCCACAGCUCACCCGGCACCAGCCCAUGAUACAAGAACUUUCGCAGUUGGCUCUUGUGUCCAGAACACUGGUCCUAGAGCGGAUUGAAUUGGAGAAUUGUUGUCUACGAGUAUCAGACUUGCAGUCGCUGCUGCAAUGCUGUAGUGGUUUGAGAAGUUUCUUGUACACAACCAGGAGAUGUGGGCUUCGGCCUUGGAGCCCCUCGCCUGCUGAUUUUGUUGAGCUACUUAGACCCCAUGAGACCACGUUGCACACGCUUAUACUUGACGUGGACGUUCACUACUAUGAAGACAAGGUCGAUCAAAGGCGCGCACUUAUACAGUCUCUCUCACACAUGACGGCGCUCAAGGUUCUCGUCACUGCGCCAGAGAUGUGGCACUGUGUUGCAGUUGGAGAUGUUAUGGUCAUGGACAGCAACGUCAGGUGGGAAGAGUGGUGCCUAUCCAUGCGAGUUCCCCCAAACGUCGAGACACUCGUGUUUGGGUUGUCUGAGGCAGAGAUGACCGCAUCACCAAGUCAGCUCAGUGAUCUCAUUCUCAUGCGUACGUCAAUGCUCUCUUGUCUCAAGACUUUGUCUAUUGGCGGCAUAGAUCCGGUGUAUGUGGAAGUGGUCAAGCAGAUUCAUCUGGAUCUACAGCCUUUGAUAAACACUGGGCAGCAAGAGUUACAGGUUCAUGUAGGCUGUAUCUACGUGAGAUCUAUUUUUGACACGAGAGAGUGUCCCAACAACCGUUCUGAGGUGAUAUGGGUUGACAGGAUGUAUGUGGCAGUCCCUAGUGAGGCCUCUUUCUUCGAGCGAGCGUAUGAAAGAAUUCGUAGCGACAUAUUUAGAUAA